CAAUCUUUAAGCUUCCUUGACUUAUUUGUUUCUUAAGCAUAUAUACACAUAUAUCUCAAUUUCCGACUUGCAACUUGCAAUGAACAGUCCUGCGACUUGUGGCCGCUCUUGGUCCAUCAGCGAGGACUCACUGAGAAGGUACGUGCAGUUUGCAAGUGAGAGCUGUAUCCAGGAGUUACUCUCAGCAUCCGACACAAACAGAUAUGGGAAUGGGAAUGAUGGAUGGAAGGUUGUCACUCUUGACAAUGGAGUGGAGAUAUCAAAGCGUAGGUCUGGAUCCCUUCACGCCUUUCGCAGUCGCUGGUUGCUCAGAUCAAUCUCACCCCAACAGUUCAUCACCGUUGCCAAUACCAUAGACGCUGCCAAGCAAUGGGAUUCUGAUCUUGUGGAAGCCAGAUAUAUAAAAGAUGUUGAAGAUAAUCUAAGCAUAAUCCGUCUCAGGUAUGGGGAAAACUCCAAGCCUCUUUUCAGAAACAGAGAAUUCAUAGUCUACGAGAGACGUGAAACCAUGGAAGAUGGCACCGUGGUCGUAGCAGUGGCUUCACUGCCAAAAGAGAUAGCCGCAGGAUUGCAGCCAAAGCAAAAUAAUGCCAUCAGGGGGUUCUUACUGCAGUCCGGUUGGGUUGUGGAAAAACUUGAAGAUGGCUCUUGUGCAGUCACAUAUGUUGUUCAGUUGGAUCCUGCAGGAUGGUUACCCAAGUGCUUUGUGAAUCGGCUCAAUACCAAACUUGUUAUGAUCAUUGAAAACCUUAGAAAACUGGUGCAAACAACUAGUCCUGCUAGCCACGACCAUACAUAACUUGCUUGCUGCUCUCUCAGUUACCAAGUUGCCAACUUGUUAUUGGAAGGUCUACAGCUAGUCCCCAAGCAAGCACUAAAUAAUUAAGUCAACUUGUCCUAGCUGGCUAUCUAUAAUCUUGAUUAUUGUUGAAUGCAAGGCUACGUACAGGCAUGAUUCAAAAAAAUCUUUUGCAAAUCUUUGAGAAUUGUCUAUUUUAUUUACGUAUGUAAGUAAAUCAUGACUCUAUACUAAAAGGUGGGGGGAAUUGUAUAUCACCCGAACUGAACAAAGAAAACUCACAUGU